AAAAAAAAAGCUGCAUCAUCACUGUGAACCGGACUCUGACAGACGAUGAGCUGUUUGUGGCCAGACGAGACGAGACCUUUAAGUACAGACCUUUGGAUUUCUCGGUCACGUGACUCGGUUUCUACAACCUGCCUAUCUUCUCCCCGCUGACCGUCCGCUCCCACCACCGAAAAAUUAAAACACAGGAUGGCACAGGCUCCCAUGUCAUGUGACUGUUUUGUUUCUUUACCCCCCGGUUCUCGCGAUGACCACGUGAUUUUUGGGAAGAACUCUGACCGUCCCCGAGAUGAGGUGCAGGAGGUGGUCUACCACCCUGCAGCGUCUCAUCCCCCAGGAUCCACGCUGGAGUGCACGUAUAUCCAGAUCCCUCAAGUGGAGAGAACCUAUGCCGUCGUCCUCAGUAAACCAGCCUGGCUGUGGGGCGCCGAAAUGGGAGCUAAUGACCAAGGAGUGUGCAUUGGGAAUGAGGCAGUCUGGACCCGAGAGCCUGUGGUGCCUGGAGAAGCUUUGUUGGGCAUGGACCUUGUCCGGCUCGGGCUGGAACGUGGUGACAGUUCCUGGGCAGCACUGACAGUCAUCACUGGCCUCUUGGAGCAGCAUGGCCAGGGCGGGCAGUGCAAGGAGGAACCAGAACCCUUCAGCUACCACAACACCUUCCUCCUGGUGGACCGCAGUGAAGCCUGGGUACUUGAGACCGCUGGGAGACUCUGGGUGGCACAGAAAGUCUCAGAGGGCGUAAAGAAUAUUUCCAAUCAGUUAACCAUCCACACUGAGAUCUCAGCAGAGCAUCCAGAGCUACGAAGCAUGGCCAAGAAGCAGGGGUGGUGGGAUGGCCAGGGAGAGUUCAACUUCUCUCAGGUGUUUAGUCCUGAAAACCCUCCGGCCAGGAUGGAGCUGGCCAAGAAGCGCUACAAGGGAGGCACAGAACUGCUUCAACAGCACGAUGGCUCAGUGACUGCAGAGGUCAUGAUGACCAUUCUGAGGGAUAAACCCAGCGGCAUCUGCAUGGACUCUGGAGGAUUUUGCACCACAGGGAGCAUGGUGUCUGUCCUGCCCAGAGACACUAGCCUUCCCUGCAUUCACUUCUUCACUGCCACCCCAGAUCCAUCCAGGUCUAUAUUCAAGCCUUUUAUAUUCUCGGACUGUCUGACCCCGGUCCUGAGGGUGGUCUCUCCGCAGUUCGGACCGAGCGACCCCGUCAGGAAGCAGCCGCGCUUUCAGAGCCGGGUGGAUCGCAGACACGAUCUCUACAAGGCCCAUCAGGUGGCGCUCAAUACCAUGGAGACCAAACCGGAUGAAGGUUUAGCCGUCUACGACAUCCUGAGGGAUCUGGAGUCGCAGUGUCUGAGCGAGAUCUCAGCCAUGCUCAGCGGAGAGAUACCAGGAGACGAACUGGGGGACCUGUUCUUUGAUUGUGUGGACACAGAGAUUAAGUUCUACCAGUGAGAAGCAUUCCUGCUGUAACACAUAAACAAAAGCCACUGGUUAGAUCAGCUCCCUCAAGUGGACACCCCCCAGCACUCAUGGCGUGGCAGGAUAAGGCCCUGGGACUAUUAAAAA